AUGUGGGUUUUAUGUAAUCGCUUUUUAUUUUAAUAAACUUUCUCGACUAAAUUAGAAAUCUAAGGAUUAUGUUAAACUAACAUAAUCUAAAAAAUAUAUUUCAAAAUUUUCUAUGCUCACCUUAAUAUUGUUUAUUUUUGGAAUAUAUUUUAAUAUUUUGAGUACAAAAAGUAAAAGGAUUAAAAUGCUUAUAUAUUUGAAGUGUGUAAUUUAAAUUAUUCUCUGAUGACUUAAUUAUUUAUUACAAUUCUAAAAGAUACAAUAAAAGUGAAAUUUGUAAAUAAACAUGAAUCAUUCUAAGUUAACAUACUAAAAAAAAAAAUGAUACUAAUUCAAGUAUUCAGCCAUUCAAAGUAAGAGUUAGAUCAUAGUUAUUGUUUUAAAUUAUUCGAAAUUUAACAAUUUAAGAAUAGCAUUCUGACAAAACUAUUUUCAAAUACAUAAAGCUUAAUAAAAAAAAGGAUAUUAUUAUUAAAUAAACUAAUAUCUUACAAUUAAUUUAUAAUAUUUUAAGCGUAUUUUUAGGUAAAAUUUUGUGAUAAAAAUAAAGCAAAAUUUACAUUAUUAGCAAUGCUUAAUAAAAUGAAUAAAUAUGAUAAAUUAUGA